ACAAACAUAGUAUGUAUGUAUGUAUUGUAUGUAUUGUAGUUUCCUAUGCGCAUCUGAGUAAAAAUAGCAACGACCACUGAGAAUACCGUAAAAUAUGGUCGGCAGCGAAGCGAGGUGUUGGCGGUGGUUUUGAUGGCGACUAUUUUGUAGCUUUCGUUGAUGCUAGUGCUAUUGUUUGGCGUAUUUUGUGGCGGCUAGUUCAGCAAGUAAAUCACCUGUAUGCUAUGCCGCCCUUGCCAAAUAACAACAACAACAAAAACACAAAGUGAGCAUCUGAAUGAGUUUGCGUGUGUGUGUAGUCUUGCUUAAAAUUAUUUUAAAAACAUAUAUAGGCAAUCACACACAUACAUACGCUUAUAUGUAUAUGCAAAUAUGUAUAUACGGAUUCGUGGCAACGUAAAAUAUUUUGCAGAAAAAAUAUAUAUUUUUUUCAGAGGAAAGUAAUUUUAUGAUUAAACGCGGAACAACAACAAACUUUCGAAACAUUUCAGCCAUGCUAAGCAUACACAAAUACAUAUAUUGUAUCUCCUAUUUGUAUAAGUGUAUUGCACUAGUGUGUAUUCCUAUAUGUGUGUGUGUGUUCUACUCUAACAGUCCAAUUACCCGCCCAUCAACCGAGUUACCCGAUUUACCCUGCCAUUUCACGCAUACAUCUAAAACUAAGUGAUCGUGCGGCCACUCGGCUUCGGCUUCUACACGUUCGUAUGUGUAACGGGAAAAUUGUGAAAAACUUUUUGGCUGGCCAAGCGACAGGAAAGUACCUAACACGCGUGCUGUAGACGUGAAACGUUCAGUCGAGACAGAGCUCAUCCACGGGUUAGUUGAUUUUUUCUCAUCCAACAAACAAAAUGGCCGAUAUACCAAAACGUGAUAUUGAAAAUAUCGAAUUCGUUUUCGAAAUCAUGGGCUCUCCCGGUGUGGGCAUUGACGCCGUCGAUCUAGGUGAUGCCCUCCGUGCUCUCAACUUGAACCCAACCUUGGCGUUAAUCGAGAAAAUGGGCGGCACCAAGAAGCGCAAUGAGAAGAAAAUCACCUUCGACGAAUUCCUCCCCAUCUACUCACAAGUUAAGAAGGAAAAGGACCAAGGUUGCUACGAAGAUUUCAUUGAAUGUUUGAAAUUGUACGACAAAGCCGAGGACGGCACCAUGCUUUUGGCUGAAUUGCAACACGCCCUCCUGUCGCUUGGUGAGGCAUUGGAUGAUGAACAAGUUGAGACUUUGUUCGGUGAUUGCAUGGAUCCCGAGGAUGAUGAAGGCAUGAUUCCAUACUCCCCAUUUCUUGCCAGAAUGUGUGAAAGACCAGAUCAGCUAUAAAAACAACAACAACCAGUUAUAGCAACAACCAUUCUCCAUAGAUGUUUUAUUCAUCUCUCUCUCUCGUAUAUUUAUUUUAAAUUAAAUUUUAAUUUUCUCUGCUUAUAAAUACACUUAAUUGUAUUGCGAACGUGGUGCAAUUACUUUUGAAGAAGGCAUAUAUUAAAACAAAGCAAACAAAACUCAAAACAAAUGAUGAAGAACUUAAAACAAUUUUUAAAUAUGUAUAUAAAAAAAGUUAAACCAAAAAAAAAAAAACUAAAAUUAGAAAAUAAUUUUGUUGUUCAUUUAUUUAAUUUUAAUUACAUGAAAAACGAAUUUAAUAUAUAGUAAACCAAUAUAUUAAUAUAGAAUGUCGUGAAGCAGUAGCCUAAACGACAAAGCACGAGUAGCCAACGUUACGAAAAGGACUUAAAGCAAUGUACUUGUUACCUAUAAUAAAAUCACUUGGAAACGGAUAGCAUAAACUCCUA